UUCUAAACGCGUAAACAGAGGUUUGAAAACAUACAUUUGGCAUUUGCUUCCAAGAGAGCAAAGAUAGUUUUUUUUCUCUUAGAAAUAGCUUAGGUUUAGAUUUUUGGAAAUGUACAGACCGGAUUUCAGACAACCCGGUCCGGGCGGAAUGGGAUCGCGAGGUGGUUUCAGAAGCCCGACAGGAUUCGACAACAGCGCGGUGGGAAUGCAUCCUUCUCCACCGUGGGGAUUUCGUGGUGGUCCCCCUCCGUCUUUUGGACCGCCUAGAUUUGGCCAGUUUGAUUCUCCAAAUACUCCUCCAAGAGACUUUAGUGGUAACGGUAAUAGGGGUUAUCACAGUGGAAGUGGGGGUAAAGGAAGAUUUAACAACGGCUCAUCUCCAGCGUAUACACCGCGUAGACAGAAUCCGAGUCCUCGUGGCGCUUCGUACAGAAAUUCUCCAUACCACUCACAAAGUCCUGGACAACAUAUGGGUUAUCAGGGUUCCCCUCGGCAUUCCACUCCGUUUGGGCCGCGUGGUGGCAGAGGCCAGGGGGCACAAGGUGGUGUGGAGAAGUUUUACAACGCUUCUAUGCUGCAGGACCCAUGGGCUAGCCUACAGCCAGUGCCGGUCACGAGCACAACCAGCUCCCAACAGCAAACCACACAUACAGGCAGGCCAGGGAGAUAUUUCAACUAGGACUUUCCCCUUCAAACCAUGCAGAUGAGGCCUCAAACCUUUCCGUUUCAUAUUUGCCCUGUCCUUUUCUUUUGUUUCGGACUAUUACCAAAAACCAUUGAAGUGUGGUAAAAGUUGCCUAUAACACAGACUAUAUAGUACAGCAGUCUUUGAAGAUGUCAGAGGAUUCACCAGCAAUUGUUAGCGGACACACACUGUCCACUAUCUGAAGCUCUUUUCCAGCACACCUUGUGAUCACACCUUUACUUUUUAAACCUGAUCGUGAGACUUUCUCAAUUUCAGGGCAAAUGGCAGCAUACUAAAAACCAAACACAGGGAAUCAAUUAUAUUCAAAAAAUUCUUUAGUGAAUUUUGUUUUAUCCAUUUUUGCAGGCUAGUUUAAUACCAUAUAUGGUAUGUCUGUGUACCUUUUUAAUCAUAUGUUUCCCAUUUUUAACAUUGUGUCAGUAUAAAGUGUUGAUUAGUAAGGGGACUUUUUUUAUUUACUUUUACCCCUCAGAAGGACAGCUGUGAAUCUCUAGGUCUGUAUCCACAAAGCAUAUCCCAGUGGGAAUGCUGCUCUACAAUCAGUGUUGCCUUGUUUUUAAAAAAUAAAUAAAACCAUAGUGAAUAAGAUUACGUGGACAGAUCCUAGAUCAGCACUCCUACUCUGAUGUUUUUGUGGAUACGGGCCCUGAUCUCCACAGGUUAGCAUUGCGUUGGAAGAACUGAUUGAUUAGUUGGGUCUAGCCUGUUAUGAUGGACUGUAUAAACCUCUAAUUUGUUCUAGGCCUAUUUCUAAUGAUAUUACAUGUGAAAUGUAUUUUACUGCUAUUUCAAGAUGGGCAAUAUAAACCAGUGACUUGUCACUGCCUCAGGUUUCUACAUGUGUAAAUAUGUAUUCUAAAGGAUAUGUGUUUUCUUAUUGUCGAGAAAUAUAAUUUGGACGUUUGGUGUAAUUGUUUGUAGUAAAUUCAAAAAAAUGGUAAAAAA